CAGGGGGAACGCCAGAACCCGGGACCGUAGCACGGAAACGGCCCGGGGCUGAGCAGCAGGCAGAUCCGGGGAUGGAGGGAGCCGGAGAAGAGGAGUGAGGAGGCCGUGGGGGCAGGCCCUGCUGCCCUCCUGGAGGCCGGCAGCCUGCUGUGGCAGUGGAGAAGCGGGCUGCCCACAAAGGGAAGGGGUCAGGAGGUCGGGCCCCGGCCCUAGCAGGCUCCGACAAGGCCCCAGUGGGGAGCAGCAGCAGCCCAGGGCCCAGGCCUGGCCUCGGGUUGGCCAAAGGGGGCCUAAACCAGGCCUCCCCGGCCUCUGCUGGGGGAACUGAGCCAGAGGCAGGCCUCAGGGCACGGCCCAGACGCGUGUGAGCCCUGCUAGAGCGAGGGAACCAGAGGGAACCAGGGCCCUAAAGGGUGUCAGAGACUAAUGUGGUAGGGGGCUUCAGAGCCUCCCAGUCCAGAGCCGGAUUGGCGAGUUAGACGCUUGUAGAUCCGAGGUCGGAUUGGGGAGGGGGUCUCUGGGAAGUUGGCUAGCAACGCAAGGAUUGGGGGGAUUUAAGUGCUUAGAGAUCGAAGCAGGUCGUGGGGAGGGGGACUCAGACAAUUGGAAAGCCUGGGCGGUUAUUUGGGGAGGGGUCUUUGCGCUCAGAGGAAGCUCGAAGCAGCACCUGCUUGGCUAAAGGCCUGAGGCUUUGUCAAGAGAAGCUUCUGUGGAGGGGGGGGCCCGACUAGGCCAAGCUGCAAGAAAGAAAGUGAAUAAACCUGGACUUGAAGUGGGUGGGGGCCCCUGAGAGGGGAAUCACAAAGGGUGAGCCAUGGCCACCAGGCGUUUAACCGACGCUUUCUUGUUGUUGCGGAAUAAUUCCAUCCAAACCCGGCAGCUGUUAGCCGAGCAAGAGCUGGAUGAGAUUGGAGUAAUAGUCCCCCGCUCACCUAGUCUUCGCGAGGAUGGAAAUAAUGAAAAGGAUGUCAGAUUCCCAUUAGUGAACUCUCCCUAGCAAACAAGGCGGCGGUGGCUAGAACACGUCACAGAGUCACAGACGCAGAGCCCCAGAGAGCGGGCUGGAUGACGCACCAUUUGUUUAAGACCUGAAAUGACACCAGGCCUGCAGGGUCCACGCGGUGGCGGAGUGCGCUGGCCCUGAUCACGACUCACAGACGCCCGGGGAGCAGUUCCGGGGCUGCUGGUCCCUUCAGCGUGGUCGUUGCGUGAGACACGCUCCCUGAAUACACAGCACCCUGAGCAGCUGGCCGAUGACCGCAUGGCUCUGGUGUCGGGCAUCAGCCUGGACCCAGAAGCAGCGAUUGGCGUGACGAAGCAGUCACCCCCUAAGUGGGUGGAUGGCGUGGACGAGAUACAGUGCGACGUUGGCCGAAUUAAACAGAAGAUGAAGGACUUAGCCAUCCUCCACGACCAGCAUUUAAACAGGCCCACCCUGGACGACAGCAGCGAGCAGGAGCAUGCCAUCGAGAUCGCCACUCAGGAGGUCACUCAGCUCUUCCACAGGUGCCAGCGCGCGGUGCAGGCUCUGCCCAGCCGGGCCCGCAGGGCCUGCUCGGAGCAGGAGGAGCGGCUGCUGCGCAAUGUGGUGGCCUCCCUGGCACAGGCGCUGCAGGAGCUGUCCACCGGCUUCCGGCUCGCGCAGUCCGGCUACCUGAAGCGCAUGAAGAAUCGAGAGGAAAGGUCCCAGCAUUUUUUUGAUACAUCAGUGCCACUGAUGGACGAUGGCGAGGAUAAUACGCUUUACGAUCGGGGUUUCACGGAUGACCAGUUGGUGCUGGUGGAGCAGAACACGCUGAUGGUGGAGGAGAGGGAGCGGGAGAUUCGCCAGAUUGUCCAGUCUAUUUCCGACCUGAACGAGAUAUUCAGGGACCUGGGAGCCAUGAUUGUAGAGCAGGGCACCGUCCUCGAUAGGAUCGACUACAGUGUUGAACAGGCCUGUAUGAAGACGGAGGACGGCCUGAAGCAGCUUCACAAGGCAGAGCAGUAUCAGAAGAAGAAUCGGAAGAUGCUUGUGAUUUUAAUAUUACUUGUCAUCGUCAUUGUCCUCAUCGUUGUCCUCGUCGGCGUGAAGUCUCACUGAGCAGCGUCGGGUCCGUGGGUGCGGCGUGUGGAUCUGGGUGCGCGGGGCUCGGCGCCCGCGGCUCCUGCACAGGUGUGGCCGGCCCGGGCGGCCGGAGCGGUUCCAGACUCGGCCCAGGCCAGGGGUGCUGCGGCGGGGAGGGCCGCUGUUCCUCCUUCAGUGGCAAGACUCUCAGGACCUGGGACCUGCUGCGGGAUAGAGAUGAGUUCUCUCUUUGGUUAUAAUUGCUUUUCUUUUUUUUUCUUUUAAGAAAGAGAAAACGAGUGUAACGUUUACAGGCGCUCCUCAAGCUGUUCAAUAUUAUAUGUGUACAUGCUACUUUUUUAGCAGUCAUGUCUGAGCAGCAUGUUAAGAUAAUUUUUGGAAAAAUUUUUUUUAAACCAUCUGGUUUUUAAGAAGUUUGGUACCAAAAAUGUAUGAGUAGAGGCAAAAAUGCCUCUCCAUCUUUCUCUAUCUAUUUUCCAGUUGAAAACAAACUGAGAAGUCCUUUAAGGAUUUAUAAUCCGUUCCCCAUUAGCUUAAUCUAGCUUUUCCAUCACUGUUAAUGAUCAGAGUAACAAAGUGUGAAGAAUAAGAAGCCAUCAUUGAUGUUAAUUAACGCGUUUAGAUGGGCCAGUUGAAACAGCUUCCUAAGUUUGAAUUAAUUGUAACUGGAGUCGUCCUCGUCCUCGUCUCACACUCGUGCGCUCCCUUUCCCGCUGUCAACAAAAGGCGUUACUAAGCAAAACCACCGAAAUUCCAGAGUUGGUGAUUUUAAAUAGGCCCCCAUUGAAAGGAAGCUUGGCCGUGGGGCGAAAGUCACCGGCGUCAGCCGGCCUGUCCCUGUGCCCGUCUGCAGCCGUCGCGGCGCAGUCCGUUACUCAGACAGUAACCACAUAAUGACCUGUGCAAACCAGCCUCCGGCUAAUGAGCUGUGAAUUUACACAGAGGCCAUUGGAAACGGGUCAGCCCGUUUAGGAUUAGUGCAUCUCAAAUUAUUAACCCAACAUCACUCCAUUUCAGAGUAAAAUAUUCCACCGGUGGUUUGAUUUAUCGACCCCUCCACUGCCACGGAGCGUCCCCGGAUCGCAGGCAUGUGCCUGCAGGCUGUGAAACUGUGGCUCAGAACCGCCCUCGGUGGUGUAAGUGUGGAGCAGGUCGUCACAGGGGACGUUGCUGUGUCCUCACCUGCCCUCCGUGCGGCGCUGCCCUCCGUGCGGUGCUCGAAUGUAUUCCUGGGCCUGUGGAGCCGCCCGGGAAGGUGAGGCCAGCUGGGACCUGAAGCCCUUCACCUUCUCCUUGGUCCUGAGACUCCGGGAUACUGUUGAUGAUUCUUUGGGUCAUUUUGGAUGGCUCUUAAAAUGUUUUUAAAAAGCACGACCUCGUCACCUGUGCUACAUUUUAUUUGGGCAAGUCCCAUACAAUGACUCUCUGGAAUUGACUUUGGAGCUACUUCCAGAAAUUUAAGCUCCAGUCCAGAGCUGUCCAAACAGACCGUGGACUUAAAGCCCAGAUCCCCGCCCAGCCUUCCCUUCCAAGUGGGUUACGAUGCCAGGCAGUUGCUGGCCGUAGGACACUCUAAGGGCGCCCUGGCGUCCCUGACGGCAGCUCACUGGGACAGAAGGUUGGGGGGAAGAGGCCAGCCCCUCCUCGGUGGCCCCCGAGAUGUGGGGCUUCUGUGGUCCCGAGAGUGGCCGUGGGCUCCCCAGUCCCAGUGGUCUUGGGCUGGUGGAGCCGGGCUGCUCCUGGGGCGGGCUGUCGAGGUGAGGGCCUCCGCUCCCAGACCGUCUGCGGGGGUGAUACCAGGCUACUGUUCUCACCAGCCCGAGAGAAAGGGUCGCUGUUUAUUUGCAUUUAUUUUCCAUAAAUAGGGUGAUUAGAGUUGGGUUUUUUUACCCAACUCAUUUGGGGGAAAUGAUGAGUCUGACUAGAAAUGGUUUAAGGGUCCCGUGUGGGACCGGGGCAACUGCCUGUGCUGCCUGGAACCCGUGCAGGGCCGGCUAAUGCCCCGCUGGCCCACUUCGGACGGGUCCCAAGGGCGGGUCCCAAGUUGGGACGUGGCCCGGGGGCGCGAGCACCCGACUCUGGGCGCCAAGGCUGUGUCCUCCUGUUGAGCCUUUACUCGGGGAAGAUCAGCAGCCGGGGAGGGGGCCGGGGGCGGGGUGGGGGUGGGGGGACCUUGGCCACGCGUGUCCAGGCGCCCGCGAGGGUUCUCCCUCCUCCUGUGACUCCUGGUCUGCGGGGAGGCCCGUCCAGUCUCUCCCCUCGGCCAGGAGGUGCCCCCAGGGGGGACCUGCCACAGGGCUCCGGGCUUGGCCGGGACGCCCGCCGUCUCGAACGCGUCCAGGUGGCUGUGCUGCCCGGGUGCAGAGGAGAGAUGUGGGGUUGACUGAGGGGCCUCCGAAGCUCCCGAUCUUCCCGCGAUUGUACCUGAAAGCUGCUGUCUCUCGUUUUAUUAAUUUGGGGGUGGGGUGCUGGCUCGCCAUGGGCGUGGAGCAGAUUUACCUCGUUCUGUGCUGAUUGAGCGAAAGCGUUAUUUAUUUGUUUUGACGCAAGUGCUUUCGGUGUUUUCUCCUAGCUGAUGGCUUCUUCAAGGUAAUAAAACCUUUCCAACCUAAUUGGUCAGAUGAGACGUUUCCUUGUGUGCUUAAAUAAAGCAAUUAGUGAAGCGCUUCUAUCCAA